GGCGCGGGCAUCUUUGAAACGCGGCUUCUGCGGCCUGAGCUGGGACGGCCGUCUGGUUUCCGCUGCCCUAGCUUGGCGGGCGUUUCAAAGCGCUUUCCCAGUGGCCGUAUUCCUCUGCGGUGGCGAUUGUUUUCCUUCGUUAAGAAGCGGUACUUGGUUACGCGACAUCCCUGGAGACGCAAUCUUGGGCUGGCGCAGACCCAGCAGCUUCCAGCGUUUGGGCAAAUUUAAAGCCCGGAGGCCGUUGAUCGGCCUCCUCUCCCCAACUUCUCAGCUCAGAACUGCUGUGUGAGUGCAUGACGUUUGGUGGUGGUUCUGAUAAAGCCGUCGUAUUUUGAAAACUGAGGUUCUUGUUGAUGUCAAGAACAGAUCUGUGGCCUUAGGAUCUCUGAACAUACGCUGUGUGAAGAUACAGAGUUUGAGGAGAGGAAAUUGAAUACAGUGAGAGGAGGAUAAAUCACAUCACUAGAAGAUUAACUUGCUCAGUAGUGAUAUGGAGCUGGUUCCUAGGUCUUCACCUUGGAAAAAUAUCCUGUACAGUAAUGACAACUGAAGUGCAAAUGGUACUUUAUGAAGAUGAUUCAGUGCAAGUACAGUAUGUUGAUGGCUCCAAAUUACAGCUUUCUCCCUGUGGCUCUGAAUUUUUAUUUGAAAAGUCACCUCCUGCUUCAGCACAUCCUUUAGAGCAACCACAAAGAAUUCGUCAAAGGACACAUUUUGUUAUUAGCACUUACCGAGAGCAACUACAGCGAGCCCUAGAUUUUCGAAACUCUUCAGCUACUUGCCUUUUUUUAUCUGAAAACAUCAUACCUUCUGAAAGAAAAAAGCGUGUCCUCAUUGACAUCUCAGAAGUAAGAUGGCCCGGUCCUGAUUCAGAUGACAGCCUGAUAUGUAUGGAGAGUGGCUCUGUGAAGAUAACAUCUCUAGAUGGUCACGCAUACCUUUGCCUGCCCAAAUCUCAGCAUGAAUUUACAGUACACUUCUUGUGUAAAGUUAGUCAGAAGCCAGACUCAUCUAUAGUACUGUCAGAAAAAAAUAAUCAAGCCUCCAAAGACAAACUAAGUGGAAAAGCUGGCAGAAUCUCUACACACAGAAGUUUAUCAGGGCAAAGACUGAAGAAUAAAGAAAAUGAACUUUAUUGCCAGAUGGUGAAGUGCAGAGAACAUUCAGAGAAGACAAGUUGUAGGAAUGGAACUGAAGUGGGGGAAGAGCUGCUUUCUCCUGGUCCCAGACACACCUGUGUAUACACAUGGGUAAAGCAGUGCUGGUCUGUAGCCUCCUGUCCAGAGGAAUGGAAAUACCCUCUGUCUUUAGCACUUCGCUUUCAUAAUCAAGUUAGCAGUAUGUCUAAAAUCAAGGCAGAUUUCACUGAGAGUAAAAUUUUAACUUCUGAUAUUUCCGAGGAAAGAGCAAAAGAGGUUUCUGUUCUUCCCAAGGCUGUGUCACUUAGCUGUCCUGUCCCACACCUGCACAGGUGGAAUUUUUGUGACUCACUUUUACAGAGACAGUUUGAUGAAGAAUAUUCCUAUCCUGAACUAGUAAAAGUGGUUUGGUAUAAGGGUGUUACAUAUAGACUUACCCAUAAAAAUGUGAAUUCAAUAGAGAUUUAUCCUGGAGAUGGCUCUAUUUUCAAAUCAGAAGGAACUUAUUUUGGAAGCUAUUUUACAUAUUACUCCAGUCACGAAGGAUCAGAAGAGAGAGAAGAGAAAACUUAUUCAGUAAAUAAUCUUCCUCCAGAUCUACCAGGAAGUCUGUUCUCUGUGUCUUCUCUAAUUAACCAGGCCACCAGAAUUCUUCAACAUUGCGCCAAGAUGAGGCUUUCUUUAAGCCAUAACUAUAACAUAUGCUGCUGGAAAAUGGUACCUGGGAUAAAUGAUAAUACACUGCCUUUGCUUUUGAAAGAAUCGCUCAUACCUAACACAGGAAGAUUUCUUGCCUACUCUGAUGACAAAGUACAUGCUAUUUUUUUAGAUGGCGUUACUCUAACCCUAAGCUGGAAUUUUAGCUCUUCUAUUGAAAAUAGACAGGUAAAUCAAGGUCUCAGUUUAGGUUGGUGUAAGUUAACUUUUCCUGAUGGGCAGUAUCAGUUAAUUCAAACUGAAUACCCCGGACCAUAUGAAAGAUAUGUGACAACAGUGACAUCAUGGUGUAGAAGACUGACUCAGACAAGUCCAAGAGAAUUGCCCACAUGUACUUCAUCUUCUGAUCAUGAAGAAAACUGGUCUGUUGCUUCUGAACUUGAAAAGAUACGGAAGUUUAACUUGCUGCUGGAGAACAGCAGUAUCCCGAACCAGAAGAGCGAACAGUCUGCUGAUCAUGACACACUAGCUUCUUCAGAAACCUUUCCAGAAGAGCCUCAUGAAAAUCGAGUAGCAGUAGCAUUGAAAAAAACCUCUGAACUCCUUCAGGAUAUUGACUGCCUUCUAUCAAACUCUACAAAGUGAAAAAUGGAAUUAUUACAGUAUAUUAUUUUUAAGGAAGUUGUUUCAAGCAACUGCUUUGAAAUUACUAGUAAGCCAAUAAAUUGUAAAUAUUUAUUCUGCACAAUGAUUGUAUGAGAACUGAUAUUUAACUUUGGAGGUAUUUUACAUGAUUUG